AUGCGUCGCAAGCGACGUCAUCAAGACUUACGUGUGGCGGCCAUUUUGACAACGGCCCUCAUUAGCGCUGAACGAGAAAUGCGUAUCAAACAACAGGAACGAGCAUUGAAAUGGGCCAAACUAAAUUUAGAAAUUAGUCAACAAAGUGAACCAAAAUCAGCCGAAGAAGAGGAAAAGCAUAAGCGAGAAGUUAGCGAAAUGUGGAAUAGUGAAUUGAGUGAAUUAGAUGAAUUUAUAAAUAGUUUGAGCCAAAUUAAAACAUCGGUAGUGCGAUGA